AUGAGUGUGUUUGAUCUCAGUAAAUAUACCUCAGAAUUUCUUGAAAACCUUACCGAUGAUAGAAAGCGAAACCAAGGUCGACGACGUCUUCGAGAUGGUUUUAAAUUUAGCAGUGAUCAG